UGGACCCUCUCGAGAUCAGUUCGAUGCCUUCUCCUCUUCUCUUCUUCAGCCUCCACUGCGUGAAAGAAAAAAGGGUAAGAGGAGCCGCCACCCAGCUCUGAUACCAUGUAGAUUUUUUGGGGUCAGAAUUAGGGUUACAUUCACUCAUAGAGAGAUACCCCUUUUAUAUAAGGGCACUCUUACAAAUAGGUCCUCACAGCAUUGACUAAUUACUAUCUAAUAACUCAACAGUAAUAGAUGUCAAGUGAAAGUCCUGAUGUCAACGAAGUGGUGGAGGUUUCCUCGUCACAAGGAUAUUUGGUCUGAAAAUGUGGAGCUUUAUUUCAUAGACUUGAUGGAGGAAGAAGUGAAAAAGGGACAUGGGCAUACAACUACAUUUACUAGAUCCUCUUGGAAAUUCAUGGAGCAUGAGUUAAAAAAGAAGACGGGGAGAGAAUACACUCAUGACCAAAUGAAAAAUAAGUUCAACCAAUUGAGACAAAGAUGGAGAAAUUUGAAAAGUCUAUUGACGGAUACGGCAGUUGGGUAUACUGCGAGCACCGGUCAAAUAUCUGCAACAGAAGAUGUGUGGACUAAGUUGUAUGCGACGCACAAGUACGCAAGAUAUUUUAGAAGGAAGGGUUGCAAAGGUUAUGACAAGUUGUGCAUCAUUUUUGGUGAUACAACUGCUACUGGUGAUCAUGCUCAUCCCUCUACUAAAAGUCCUACCAUUAGUGAAGAUGAUAAGGAAGAAGAAGAUGAAGAUGAGGAAGAUGUUGAGUCAUCUCGAGCUAAGAAAAAGGCAAAAGUGGCAAACAAACGUGUACCGUUGAAGCAACAAAUCCAAUUAGCAAUGGUUGAAGCUUUAACCUCGAUGGGAGAAAACUCUAGGAAGAAAAUGGAGUGGAGGGAGAGGAAAGCGAGUUCGACUACUGCAGAUAGUCAUGUUAGUGGAGGGAGAGGAAGAAGCUCUGAGGAAGACCAAGGCUUGGUUCACUGCAUUACUGCACUUAGUGCUCUUCCUGAUGUUGAGUCAACUCAUUUUUCCAAGGCCGCACAUAUUUUGCAUGAUGAUGCAGCAUGGAGAACCAUGUUUUUAGCCAUGCCUAGCGAGAGAAAGAAGGAUUGGGUGUUAAAUCUACCUUGAUGUUGUUUGUGUUUGUUUCGAAGAAAUUUGUAUUUCUUUAUGUUUGUGUUUGUUCCUAUUAGGCCAAGGACUUUGUGUGUGUUUCUAUAUGUUUGAUUCUAGAAGGUCGAUGUCUUUUGUGUGUUUCAAUUAUGUUUGUGUUCUAGUAGAUUGAAGACUUUUGGGUGUAUUUGUGUUAGUUUUUGAACCUAUAUAUUUGUAUUUCCAUAACGUUGUUGGUAUUAUACUUGUUUAUGUUGUUGACAUGUGUUUUAUGCCUUAUGUAAAUUUUAUGCAAGACUAUGUUUGCAAUAGUGUUCAA